AUGGGUUUUCAAUCGGCGAAAAAAAGCGAGUUAUUCUGCGGUGUCCGGGCAUACGAAAUUGCUCGGCACCAGGGUGUCAAGCAUUUCGUUUUUGCAAACUCUGACUAUGCCUUCCGAAAAGCUGGGUGGGACGAGAAGUACCGGGGACAUAAUGAUUCAAAGGGCCGUGUUGGCGAUCUUAUUUUGAGUCAUGGGCAAUCUACCAUGAAAACUUCACUUUUGACUACGGGACCGUACAUGGAUAUGCUCUUUGAUGGGAUGUUUGUUCCUGAAGAGCAACCUGAUGGUUCAUUUGUCUGGGAAAAUCCUACCGCGGAUGGCAAAAUUCCACUCAUUGCCCUCGAUGAUGUUGGAGCCUACAGCUUAUGGAUAUUUGACAACCCCUCUGAGUCCGCUGGGCUCAACCUCGAGGUGGCGACGGAUCAAGUCAGCUUCGCCGAGAUUGCAAACACAUUUACUAAGGUGACUGGAAAACAAGGGAUACACAAAGUUGUACCUCUGGAUGAGUAUUUAAUGAAGGCAGAACCGUACCCAGGAGCCUAUUCGAACUGGACAGUCAAGCCUGAUGUGCCUCGCGACGAGUCAUUCAUGACCUGGCGUGAGAUUUUUGCGGCCUGGUGGCGCUAUUGGGGCGAGGGAAAGGGAGCUACUCGCAAUAUGGCAUUUCUUGAUCAUAUUCAUGGCUCUCGUAUUCCUAGUCUGGAGGUAUGGAUGAGGCUGAAGAAUUACGAUGGUGGACCCCGAUCUGUCUUGAAAGAUCUUCAUGAGUAUCGAAAGAGCGGAGUGACCGAGGAUUAG